AUGGAAUCCAGAUCCAAAACACCGUCCAUCAAGUUUGCAGAGACGAUUGACACAAGCCCAUUGGACCCAGACCUGCCAGCCUCUUUUGACUUGCUUUUAGUGUCAGCAUAUGUCGUGGACAUAUUUAUCACUGCUUGCCAGAAGAAUUGCUUCAUCGACGUAUAUGCUCAACAACUUGACCCUCCAACGGUCCCAGAAGCGCAAAAACUUCUGAUACAUGCUUUGGAGCAUAGGAUUGCUACCCAAAAUCGUGAGGAGUUGCAUCCGGGUGCUGUGACUCGUAACCAAAAGAGUGACCGUCAAUUUCAAAAGAGAAAAAGAUUGGCAAAGCAACGAAAAGAGACUUGUAAUUCUUUUGCCGAAUUGGAGCGAUUUGCUUUCUUGUUUGAGGAUGGACGGCUUUGCUCCGAUGAUGAUAGUGAUUUCAAAACUCCGAAGAUCAAAACCCGUAUUCCUCUGCCUUUUUGUAGCGCAAAAGCCACCAAGCUGAUUGAGCACAUUGAACGUCGUACAAUGGAUCUGUACAAGGAUCCCACAACAAGGAAGCCAGGCCGGCUUCCAGCGACUAGAGCACCACCAUCCAAUAAAACUAAGCCUCUUGCCUGCCAUACACAUGUCUCACUUGGGCUUCCUCGAGAUUGCUAUGAGGAGAAUGUUCUUCAACAUCUGAACCAAGAGCAAUUGGAAGGAUUGAAAGCAAUGCCAGAUUGCCUCAUCAACAUGGACAAUAUCCAAGGCUGGCAUAGCAGCUCACUUGAUUCUAAUUAG